ACCUAAUUCAAGCAAAUGUCAUCGAAAAGUGACAGCUCACUGAAUUUAUAAAUAAAUAUUUCGUUUUUAAUUGUUUCGAGAUGAUGAUACAGCGACAGAAGAUGAAAAAAUACGUUACGGAAUACAAGAAAGUGGACAAAGACAGUGAUGAAGAAACUGAGUUGUUGAGAUUAAAAACACCCAAGAAGGAAAUUCCCAGCAUUGCAAAAGAAGUAGAGGAAAAUGAUACUCUGCAAAGCUUGGCGAUAAGGUAUAAUUGUACAAUUGAAGAUUUAAAACGUUUGAACGGCAUACAAAAAGAAAAUGAGAUAUUUGCGAAAAGGACAAUUAAAGUCCCUUAUAGGCCGUUUACAAUGGCCAUAGGAACGCAUGUAAGUGGUAAAAGUUCACCGAGUGAAAUCACAGAAGAAAUCGUUACAAGUAAUUUAAUUGAUUUGGAUCAAUUUCACACAGAGCUUAAUAAAAAUCUGGAAAGUUUAUUACCAAAGGAAGAAAAUGAAUUGGAGGUAAACAACAUAAUUUUUAACAGUAAUUUAAAGUCGAAUAAGUAUCACGAUGUUCAAGAAGAGCAAUUAAUCGAUUAUGUAGAAGAAGAAGUAAAUUUAUUACCUCAAAUUGAAGAGUUACCAACUGCAACACUAAAACUUAAAUGCAGUGGGGCAGAUGGUGAUAUAUCGUGGAUUGCUUUAAUUAUUUGUAUAGGGGUUGUAAUCGUAGCAGUGCCUUUAAUUUAUGUGUUUUAUAUUGCGGAACACCCCGAAAAAUAUCAACAUAACCCCACUAAAAAACCGUAAAAGCGAAUCUCGUUUUUUGUGCUAAGCAAAAAUAUGUUAACCUGUGUUAUUUACUGUUGUAGUUAACACAUUUUUGCGUAGCAACAAAAACGAUACGACGAUAAUUCUUUUUCUCUUUCAUACAAAUGUGAUAUUUAUACAGGGUGGUAUGUAAUUAAUGUAAUAUUUUAAAAUACUGACAUAAGGUGAAGAAAAACUCAAUAACAUUAAAUUUGUGUAAAUAAACCCAAAAGCACUUCCCUUAGUUAAGAUAUUUACGAUUUGAGUACAUAACCUAAAAUUUGAAAGAAAUGCACUAGAUCCUGCCAUAGUUGCCAGAUUUUGUUUGAAUCUACCUUCAUUACAAAAAUGACAUAAUAAACAAUUAAUAAAAACGCCAAAUUAUUGUUAAUUUUGUCAUUUUUGUAAUUAGGAUAAAUUUAAACAAAAUUUGGCAACUUUUUUGACAUAAUAAAUUAAAUUAGGCAACCAGAUUAGCCUAAAGUUCCUAGUCGAUCAGUGGCGUACUUUUAGGUAGGAUAAAGGUUAUUAUAAAUUAUUUUUAGUUUUAAGAAUUUAAAAAACCCAUUCUAAUAAAUUACAUUAAUUACAUAUCACCCUUUAUAAGGAAAAUAUUAAUUUUUUAUGAAAUGGCAAUGCCAUAGAUUUUUAGGGUCAAAGCUUUUGUAUUAAAACAAUAUAUGUUUAGGUGUGUAAAGUAGGUGUUUAGGAUUUUUAAAUUAUUUGUAUUUAUAUAUUUUUAUAAACAAACUUUUAAAACAAUAAUAUUCUUGCAUUCUUAUUUUUAAAAGGUUGAAAUUAUUCCAUUAAUUAUUUUGAUUGAAAUACACAAAAAACUAAUUUUAAAGUUCUUUUUUUUAUCUGGACAGCGGCAACGUUGCAAAUUUAGGGUUUUGGUUGGUAAAUACAGUUGUCAAGUUGGUCGCAUUGAUUAAAACAAACUAAAUCUAAUUUUGGUUAUGUAUAAAUUAUUGUAGGUUACAUUGUGCAGUUGUCAAGUUGAGUUGUCGAAAUUCGUAGUUAAAAAUGCAUUUAAUUUGGCUUUUGUGGUGCUUGGAGUUAAAUGUACUUUUUCUUCCAUUGUGGCAUUUGGCAUAAUUUCAUCAAAAUGAAGUUUUGCCCUCAAAAGGGCUUUUACAUUCGAAUUCGUUGCUAUUAUUUUGGCAUAAUUAUCUUUUUAUUUAUAAUUGACAAGUAAAUUAUCAAUAGUAAAUAUUAUUGUCAAUUUGACAGUGUCAAAUAUUUAAUUAAACUCUUUAGCAGAAGUACCAUUUUUAAAUACUAAAAAUACCAAGUCAAACUGGCAUAAGCCACCAAACUAACAAAAAAACACGAGUCCAGAUAAAAAAAAUGAACUGUAUAUAAUACUUUUAAAAUAUGUUUAACAAUCUAACUUCUACCUUUUCAUUUUCUAAUAAAUAAAAUGUAUCAAAUUUAAAGUAUGAUUCUGUCAUUUCAAAAGGUUAAAUAACACAAAUAAUAAGCUAUAAAGGGUAAAAAUAUGCCUUGUUUUUUAUAUACUGGGUGUUUAUUUGUUAUUAAAGUGCCUUCACCAAUGAAUGAAUUCACAUUACAAUAAAAAAAAUGCAUUGCUUUUUUUAAAUUGAAUGAGGUUUGAAGAAUUAUUAAAAAAAAUAAUUUUUUGAUCUUGAAUAUCUUUUAUAGGUUGGCUAUACUUUAAACAGCAUAUUUUGCAUAUUGGUUAUAGUACUUUUAUGAUUUUUCUAGUACUUACGAGACUUUUCUGGCAAUAAAUUUUGUUUAACACCAAAGAAAAUCCUUUUUUUCUUCUUUAAGGUAUAAAAUUAAUUUUUUUAUAGAACUUUUGCAAAAUAGAUAAAAUAGCAUGAAUAACUUUUUUGUGGUAAAUUCCCUAUAAAUAUAAAAGAAUUUUUACUUUUUACCUGUAAUUCCAACCAUUUGGUGUGUUGUUUACAAUAUUUGACAAUAACUUUUAUUAAAUGCUUUAUAUCUUUUAAACUACGCAUUUUAUCGCAUCAAUGCAUAUUAUCUUUUUUGUAGAAAAUUUAAUAUCCUAUAAAAGUUUUCUUUUCUUUUUGCCUGUAACUGUAACAAUAACAAAUCGCACAUUUGUGUAUUGUUGUAGCUUAAAAUGCCUAAAAGUUAUAGAAAAUUAAAAAAAAUCCUAAAUUUUCCGUUGUUUUAAUAGAGAAACUUUAAAAUUAAAGUACUUGUAGAAGUAAGAUUAAGGGUUGAAAAAGGUGGAUAUGUAAAAACUAUGCUUGGUUGGAUUAACAAAAAAAAGUUGAAAAAAAAACUGUGAAAUGAAUCUAAAUAUUUUUAAGAUUUUUAUUAUAUUUAUAAGUUUGUGGUUGGCAUUAUAUGUUUUACAUUUAUUUAUAUAUAGUUUUGUUAAUUAAUAUUGUAUACUGUACCUUUUUUGGUAACUACUCAUGUUUUGUUAAAAUGUGAAACUACAUUGUACAUUGUGAUACUAAAAUAUAACUUUUUAACAAUAUUAUGUACGUUUAUUAUUUUUAUAAAAACUAA